AUGGGUGAGCCAGAUUAUCACGGAGCCCAGGUGUGCUCUGGCACCAACCCCAAAAAGUGCCAGGACUUAGGAGACUCAAUUCUUCUUCUUCUGGGCAGCUUCAUCUUGCUCAACGUGUGGAUCAAUGUGGUGACUCUGCUCUGGAAGUAUCUGAAGAGCUCCUUGCGGAUUCUUUUCCAUCAUUUUUUUCCCAAAGGCUUCCUGCUCAGGCACGUUAACCACCUUGACUCCUGGAUACCAGACACAAAGGAUAAGAAGGUUCCUAGGUGCUGCCGGAUGUCACCUAAAUGUGGAUGUGCCAGGGCUCCCAGGGAGUCUCCAUGGGGACUGUGCAAGGAGGAGAUGAUGGGAGCUGGGGAGGCCCCUCAGGCCACAGCCUCUAAGGCUCAAGCGUCCUUGCUCUCGAGGCCAGAGACAUCCCAGUUCUCAAACACGAGCAAGCUGGACGUGAGUCCAUACCACUUGCCCCAAGAGAGCAAGACUAAGACCCCAGACUCUGCCCCAGCCCGGGCCCCAGCUCAGGCCCAGGUCCGUUCCCCAGCCCACACCCCUAUACGCACCCCCACCCACCCCCAGACCCAUUCCAUGGCCCACACCUCUGUGCACACCCCUGCCUACUCCCGGACCCACUCCAAGGCCCACACACCUGAGGGCACCCACUCCCAGGCCCUGGACACCUCCGCCCAGGCCCAAGCCCACACCUCGGUCCCUGCCCCAGCUCAGACUCUGGCCCACAAUCAAGCUUACAUCCCAGCUCCUACCCCAACCCAGGCCCUAGCUCACACUCAAGCCCAUACCUCAGCCCAGGCCCAAACUCACUCUCAGCCCCACAUCCCUGAGCAUACACACUCCCAGGCCCACAUCCCUGAGCACACCUCAGCCCAUGCCCUAGCCCACUCCCAAGCCCAGGCUCCUAUGCCUGUCCCAGCCCACCCCCAGGCCCAUGCCCCUGAGCGCACCUCAGCCCAUUCUCCAGCAUAUAGCCCAGACCACUCUCAUCCAGGCCACAGCUCGGUUCCUGUCCAAGCCUCUGACCCACCUCCUCCCGGAACUCUUGCCCCAGCCAUUACUCCUGUCCUAGCUCCUACACCAGCCCCUGUCCCAGCCUCUGCCCCAGCCCCUGCCCCAGCACUGGUCAUGGCCCUGACUACCACUACCAUCCCUGCUCCUGUCCCUGCCCCCACACCUGCCCCUAUCAUAGCUCCUACACCCUCUACCCCACCUGCCUUCAGCCAUGGCCUCUCCACUGGCCAUGUGGUCUAUGAUGCCCGCAGGGCAAAGCAGAACUUCUGCCAUAUGUGCAGCCCCCAGGACCCUGGGUAUUCCAGAAAAGACUUGGGUACCCUUUUCAGGCCCCAAGAGGGUCAGGACCUGGUGAGUUCUGGUAUAUCCAAGCAAACAAAGCAAUGCAGUGGGGACAGUGCCAAGCCUCCUGCAGGAUCCAUACUGGGCUACGUGGAGUUGGGGAAUAUGGAACGGAAGAUCUCAGAUGAUGCCAAAGAUAAGCACUCCCAGACCAAGACUUUCCCUUACUGCAGCUUUCAUCCUUGCAGUUCCGAGAAGAACACAGACUCCCAGGCUCCAGUCUACCCCAAAUUCCUUGUCCACUCCCAGGAUACUGCAUGUGCCAAGCCUUGCUUUCAUUCUGCAACCACUGCCCAGAGCUCACUGUGCACCCUUCCUUCACCAUGCACUCUUUCCAUGCCGCUCGUUCCUCCCAGAUCCUUUGUCCCUCCUCAACCCACCAACCAUCAGAAGCCCUCCACCUUAAUACAAACCCCUACGGUUCUCCCAACCUCCAAGACUCCUCAGUCUAACUCCACUUGCCAAGCCACCAUUUCCCAACCCCUGAUCCAACCCCAAUGCCCUGAAUGUCAUGAGAGUCUAGGCCUUACCCAAGAUUCUGGCCUUCAAAGGACCCAAUGCCCUUCAAAAGACUCCAGAGUUCCCAGGAAUCUGGAUCUUACCCAAAACCUAGACCUCCGCAAAAACCGAGGCCCUACCCAAGAUCCAGGCCUCCACAAGAACCCAGGUCUUGCUCAAAAUCCAGGCCUACACAAAUUUCCAGGCCUUUCCCAAGGUUCUUAUCUCUGCCAGAAUCCAAGUCCUUCCCAAGACUUUGGUCUUCACGAGAAUUCAGGCAUUACUCAAGAUUCCCACCCCCAAAAGAACACGGGUCUGACUCAGGAAGUUGGUAUCCUUAGGAGCUCAUGUCUCACCCAACCCUCUGGCCUACACAAGAAAACACCAUUUACCCAAACUUCUGACCUUCAGAGGAGUUCAGGCUUUCUGCAAGACUCUGGAGUCUACAGGAAUCUUGAACCAAACCAAGAGACUGUAGUCUACAAAAGUCAAGAUCUCUCCCAAGCAACUGACCACCAAAAGAACCCAGGCUCUUCUAAAGAUCAUGGAGGUCACAAGAAUACCUGCAAUGUCCAAGAUACAGGAGUUGGUAGUACCCCGGGCCUUACAGAAGAUUCUGGAUCCCGGAAGGGUCCAUACUUUGCCCAAGACUCUGAAGUCAACAAGAGCUCAGGACUUAUCCAGGAAUCUUGUCUCCGCAAGAGCCCAGGCCUUGUCCAAACCUCUGACCUCCCAAAGUGUUCAGGCCUUACACAAGACUCAGGAAACUACAAGAGUUCAGGCCUUAUCCAAGACGGUGGUGGCCACAAAGUUCAAGGCCUUGAUGAAGAUUCCAACCUCCAUAAGAGUCCCAGCCUUACCCAAGCCACUAAAGUUGAAAGAAGAUUUAGCCCUCUGCAAGAUGUUGGAGUUUACAGGAGCUCAGAACAUAGCCAAGACUCUGAUCUCCACAAGAGCCCGGGAAUUCAUCAAGAUCCUGGCCUGCAUAAAGACCUAGCCCUUGCCCAAGACUCUGGCCUCCCCAAGAUUUCAGGCCUUACCCAGGAAUCCGGCCCCUAUAAGAACUCACGCUUUAUCCCAGAUCCUGGCCUCCACAAGAACCCAAGCCCUGCCCUAGGUUCUAGCUCUGCUCAGCUUUUGUCCCCACUUCAAAAUCCAAAGUCCACACUGUCCAUGAUGAAGUCACUUGUGCCUGAGAAGGCUGCUCAGAAGGAGGACGCACAGCAGCAUGUAGUCUGGGCUCCUGUCCAACUCAACCAGGACUCCUGCUCUUCCAAGGCCCAGGUGGUCUCCAAUGACCUGCAGACCUUCUCAGAGGUACCUGUACUAAUUGAGCUGCAGUCAUUCUCUCAGCGGGCAGGCAGCCAGCACUGGGUGUACCGCCCUGUGGAUAUAGUUCCUUCAGGCUACCAGAACUAUCGUCAGAUGUCUAUGCCUCCCCAAAUCAACUGGAAGUCCCACUACCCUGGACCAGGCAUCCGGGCAGGACAUGUGGUUUUUGAUGCCCGUAAGAGACAGUUGGUAAUGGGCAAGGACAAGUGUGAAGCUCUGACUCCCAGGCGCCUUCAUCAAGAGGCACCUAGCAACUCAGGGAAACCGCCAAGGAGUGGGGAUAUCAGAAUGUGA